AUGGGGGAUAUUGGUGUCCUAAAAACACACAUCGCCUUUGCCCGUCAUGAAGUCUACAUUCUGGUGUUCGUGCUCUGCCAUGGCCUCCUGCAGCUCUGCCAGCUCCUGUACAGUGCCUACUUCAAGAGCAGCCUCACCACCAUCGAGAAGCGCUUCGGCCUUUCCAGUUCUUCCUCGGGUCUCAUUUCCAGCCUGAAUGAGAUCAGCAACGCCAUCCUCAUCAUCUUUGUCAGCUACUUUGGCAGCCGGGUGCACCGCCCGCGGCUGAUUGGCAUCGGGGGCCUCCUCCUGGCUGCAGGCGCCUUCUUCCUCACCCUCCCACACUUCCUCUCGGAACCUUACCAGUACACCUUGGCCAGCGUCGGGAACAGCAGCCGCUACCAGGCCGAACUCUGUCAGAAGCACAGGCAGGACCUGCCCCCCAGUAAAUGCCACAGUACCAGCCAGGACUCCCAGAAGGAGACCAGCAGCAUGUGGGGCCUGAUGGUGGUUGCCCAGCUGCUGGCUGGCAUUGGGACGGUGCCCAUUCAGCCGUUUGGGAUCUCCUAUGUGGACGACUUUGCAGAGCCCAACAACUCACCCCUGUACAUCUCCAUCCUGUUUGCCAUCUCUGUAUUUGGACCGGCUUUCGGGUACCUGCUGGGCUCUGUCAUGCUGCAGAUCUUUGUGGACUACGGCAGGGUGGACACAGCCACAGUUAACUUGAGCCCUGGAGACCCCCGAUGGAUUGGAGCCUGGUGGCUGGGCCUGCUCAUUUCCUCAGCCUCAUUGUUUGUCAUCUCUUUCCCCUUUUUUUUCUUUCCUCGAACAAUGUCCAGAGGAGUAGAGAGGUCUGAUUCCAUGGCGGAUGAGACAAGGAAGAUGGAAGAGGUCAAGUCAGGAGACUCCCUGGUGGAUUUCAUUAAACGGUUCCCCCGCAUCUUCCUAAGGCUCCUGAUGAACCCGCUUUUCAUUCUGGUGGUCCUGGCCCAGUGCACCUUUUCCUCUGUCAUUGCCGGUCUCUCCACAUUCCUCAACAAGUUCCUGGAGAAGCAGUAUGGCGCCUCCGCUGCUUAUGCCAACUUCCUCAUCGGUGCUGUGAACCUUCCUGCUGCAGCCUUGGGAAUGCUGUUUGGAGGCAUCCUCAUGAAGCGUUUUGUUUUCUCCCUGCAAACCAUCCCCCGUGUGGCCGCCACCAUCAUCUUCAUCUCCAUUAUCCUCUCUACCCCUCUCUUCUUCAUGGGAUGCUCCACCCCGACUGUGGCAGAGGUCUACCCCCCCAGCACAUCAAGUUCUAUACAUCCACAGCCUCCUGCCUGCCGCAGGGACUGCUCGUGCCCAGAUUCCAUCUUCCACCCUGUCUGCGGAGAUGACGGAAUCGAGUACCUCUCCCCUUGCCAUGCCGGCUGCAGCCACAUUAACAGCAGUUCUACAGCCUCCAAACAAAUGAUCUAUUUGAACUGCAGCUGUGUGACUGGGGAGUCCCGUUCCACAAAGACGGGGUCGUGCCCUAUCUCCUGUGCCCACUUCCUGCUCCCGGCCACCUUCCUCAUCUCCUUUGUGGCCCUGAUAGCCUGCACCUCCCACAACCCCCUCUACAUGAUGGUUCUGCGUGUGGUGAACCAGGAAGAAAAGUCGUUUGCCAUCGGCGUACAGUUCUUGUUGAUGCGCCUGCUGGCCUGGCUGCCAUCUCCAGCCCUGUACGGCCUCACCAUCGACUAUUCCUGCAUCUGGUGGAGCUUGCAGUGCUCAGGGAGGCGAGGGGCCUGCGCCUACUACAACAACGAUGCGCUCCGAGACAGGUACUUGGGCCUGCAGGUAGGCUACAAGGCACUGGGCAUGCUGCUGCUCUUCUUCACCAGCUGGAGAGUGAAGAAAAGCAAGGAGUACAAUGUGCAGGAGAAGGCUGUGGGCCUCAUCUGA